AUGCUGUCUAUAAUCAUUCAUCUGCUAUUCACAAUAGCUUCUGCUGCUGUUCUCGCGGACAGACAGACGUUGUCGGGUAGUGAUGUUUGCCAGCAAAUACGCGGAAACAUUACUGGCGAGGUCUACUUCCCCUUGAGUUUGGAGCCUAAUUUUAAGAAAGAUAUUGAGCAUUACAUGACAUCCAGUACACAGAUACCAAUGUGCGUUGUUGAAGUUGCUAGUGAUGCAGAUGUUUCUACCGUCAUUAAGAUCAUAGGAUCUAAAAGAAUUCCCUGGGGGGUCAAAUCUGGUGGACAUGCGUCGAAUCCUGGAUUCUCUAGUACUCCUGGAGUCUUCAUCUCUCUAGCGAGACUGACUCAGGUUACACUAUCUGAGGACCAAAGUACAGUGGAAUUAGGUACCGGAAACCGUUGGACUGAUGUUUACACGAUUCUCGAAGGAACGGGUGUUAACGUUGUUGGGGGACGUGUCGUUGGUCCUGGUGUCGGUGGCUUCAGUCUUGGAGGAGGUUAUUCCUGGUUGACAGAUCAAUACGGUCUGACUUGCGACACGGUCGUCUCCUACAAUCUUGUCCUUCCUAAUGGGACGAUAACCAAAGUUGAUUCUUCGAAUCCUGAUCUCUUCUUUGCCCUUAAAGGUGGUUUAAAUCGAUUCGGAAUUGUCACAAGUAUUGUUCUCAAAACAGUUCCACAACAGAACAUGGUAUACGGCGGUAUUCAGAUAUAUGGAAUUGAUGCUAUUCCUGGUCUUAUCAACGCCACGAAUAAAUUUCAACAAGAGAAUACAGAUGAUAAAGCCCAGGUGAUUCUCACCAUUAAUGGUGGUUUGGUCCCGAAUGCCAUCCUUAUUUCAUUCUACGAUGGUCCAACUCGACCUGCAGCGUUCGAUCCUUUCAACAAUGUUGGCGCCAUUCCACUGAUAUCUAAUGUCGAACCUCAAUCUUUCGCAUCAUUUGCUAAAGCCACUCCUUCCAAUCUCCAAGCCGGAUAUAGGGGAGCCUUUCAUACCAUGAUGACUACCAGUCUGACAGUCGGUUUUAUGCAAGCAGUCUAUAAUGAAUCUAGCUUUUAUGGAGCUCUCGCUAUCCUUCAUAGUGGAACGUUCAUCUCUUAUGAUAUUGAGCCUUUUACCGACUACGGCAGAUACGCCACCGAUUCCGCGUUUCCCCACGCCAGCUCUCCACUGCCAUUGAAUCUCUAUUUUGCUUGGACGUUGCCGAUUGAAGAUGCAUUUUGGAGAGGGAUUAUGCAACAGAGUAUAGACCAUCUAACUGAGGUUGCUAAAAGGGAGGGUAUUUAUUCCGAAGAUCAAUAUGCGUAUCCGAACUACGCUUUGAGCACUUAUGGCGGUGCUCAGCUUUAUGGACCAACGAAUGCAGCGCGGUUAAGAGCAAUUCAGACAAAGUAUGAUCCGAAUGGAGUCAUGCUUCUUGCUGAUGGGUUCAAUAUCUAG